AUGGCAUCAACCGCCGUCUCAGCUCCAGGCAAAGUCCUGCUCGCCGGCGGUUACACGGUCCUCGAUCCCUCCUGUCGCGGUCUGGUCUUCGCCCUCAGCGCACGGAUCCAUUGCGUCGCCACUCCUUCUCAGGACCCCUCGGCACCACCGGGCAAGAUCACAGUUAGAUCCCCUCAAUUCCAAGAUGCCAUCUGGGAAUACCAAGUCUCCGCCUCGGACGAAGAUGGCGGGAAAGCUGUCUCCGUAGUCCAAACCAACGAAGGAGACUCAAACCCCUUCGUCCUCACAACCCUCAAAUACACCCUCUCCUACCUCUCCCUCCCCAUCCCCCCACCAACAACCCUCACCAUCCUCGCCGACAACCCGUACUACUCCCAACCACCCCCUCCGAUCCCGCGCUUCAACUCCCUCCCAUUCCCCAUCAAAUCCGCCUACAAAACCGGUCUGGGCUCAUCAGCCGCCCUGGUAACCUCCCUAACCUCCUCCAUCCUCCUCCACUUCCUCCAAAACUCUUCGGAGACGAAACUACCCCCUCACAUCUUCCACAAUCUAGCACAAGCAUCCCACUGCGCCGCUCAGGGGAAAGUAGGCAGUGGGUUCGAUGUAGCUGCUGCGACGUACGGUUCGUGUAUAUACCGACGUUUCCCCCCGGAAAUCCUAACUGCGAUUCCGGACCCCACGGAUCCGGAGUUUACAAAAAUCUUGAAGGAAACGGUGAAUAAACCAUGGACGUCGAUGGAAUCGACACCGAUUACCCUCCCGCCACAGAUCGGUUUGGUAAUGGGUGAUGUCCAAUGUGGUUCUUCAACCCCGGGGAUGGUAAAAACAGUCCUAUCGUGGCGAAAAUCCGGUGGUGAAGAUGCAGAACUCGUUUGGAAACAACUAAAUUCCAGAAAUGAGGAUUUAAUCUCCACUAUUAAGGAUAUUAUCAACAAUUCUAAUAACAAUAACGAAGAUUACAUCGACACUAUCAAACAACGUAUCACAGCAAUCAGAGAAAUGGUUAGGGAAUUGGGUACCAAAGCAGCCGUCGAAAUCGAACCAGAAUCCCAAACGAAGCUAUUAGAUGCAGCUGCGAAUGAUGUCGAAGGCGUAAUCGGCGGCGUGGUACCAGGUGCCGGCGGCUUCGAUGCCGUAUGUUUCUUAUACGAACGUAAGGAUGGGGUGGAACAAAACCUUCGUGAGUUCUUGGGUAACUGGAAGGUAGAAAAUGGGGUGGUUAAAGCAUUGGAACUUGGACAGGAAGGGGAAGGAGUUAGGGUCGAAAAGUUGGAAGGGUAUCAGGAUGUUAAGGCCUAUUUUGAGGGCGUUGCGGAAUUGUGA